CUCAUCUUUGAUAGUGAAUUAAUAGUAAGAUAAACAUCCACACACCACAGAUCCUAACCACACACACACACACACACCACACACACCACAUACAGUCUAUUCCCGCAACACUACUAUGCGAUAUCAGUUAGUAGUAAUAUAGUAAAUAGAAUAUAACGAUAUAAUGACAAAUCAUAAUAAUAAUAAUAAUACCACUAAGAUUAAACUACUAACAGUAGAAGAAAUAGCCGAUACAAAAUUUCGAAUAAAUAAAUUUAAAGUGGCAGAAUUAAAGGAUGUAGCGAGAUCAAUGGAUUUAAGAUUAGUGGGACGACGUCAAGAUUUAAUUGAUAGACUUUUAGAAUAUUUUAAUCAAGGGAUUGAACAUUCCGAACCUAUUCGACUUUUAACUAUGAGAACAAUUAUUCUUAAACGAGCUAAUGGAUCAAAUUUACCAUCUUAUAAACAAUUAUAUAAUGCUAUACAAAAGGGAGAAUAUCGACCAGAUAUUGAUGAUUCUGAUGAUGAAUCUGAUCCAUCAAUUUAUCGUCAUGAUUCAAGACCUUAUAAAGGUCAUUCAUUAUAUUUUGUUGAAAGUCCAUUUUAUAGAUUAAAAAGAAUGGUUCAUGGUAGUCCACAAUAUUGUAUACCACUGAAAGGUAGAAAUACUGUAAGUUAUCAAUUUAUAUUAAAUCCUGAAGAAUCUAAUUUUCUUGAAGAUAAUAAAUAUAAAUUUUAUAUAUUAUGUGGAACUAAAACAAAUGAUUCACCUUCAAGUCCUGAUGUUCAUAUUCAAUAUCCUACUCCAUCUGAAUUACAUGUAAAUGGUAUACAAAUAACUAAUCUUGUAAGAGGUAUAAAGGGGAAAAUAGGUACAGCAAAACCAGCUGAUAUAACUUCAAUGUUAAAGAAAAAUCCUAAUCCUAAUAAACUUGAACUUAUUUAUGCCCAAAGUAGUGAAGAAUUCUUAAUUUAUUUAUAUAUUGUUCAAAUAAUUCCUAAUGAAAUUAUUCUUGAACAAAUUCAAAAACGUCAUAUUAAUCAAAAUGCAACUUUACAAAAAAUUUUAAGUCAACAAGAUGAUGAAGAGAUUGAAAUUUCAAAUAGUACAAUAUCUUUAAAGGAUCCUUUAUCAUAUACUCGACUUAAAAUCCCAGUCCAAUCUAUAUAUUGUAAACAUACUCAAUGUUUUGAUGGAGCUAUAUUCUUAGAAGCUCAAUUACAAGUUCCAACUUGGUCAUGUCCAUUUUGUCAAAUUAAGAUUAAUGUUGAUGAUUUAGCAGUUUCAGAUUAUUUUGUAGAUAUCUUAUCUAAAAUAGAUAAUAGUGUGAAUCUGAUUAUUAUAAAAUCUGAUGCUAGUUGGCAAGUGGAUCAUGAAGACGAUGAUCUUAGUGAUGAUAGUGAUGAUCAGCAACCUCAACAAGCUUUUAGUAGAGGCUCAAGUCAUGUACCGAUUGAAGCUAUAGAGAUCUUGGAUUCAGAUUCUGAGCCUGAGCCUGAAUCUGAGCCUGAACCUGAACCUGAGCCUGAACCUGAGCCUGAAGCAGAAACAGAAGCAGAAAUAGAUGUGGAAGUAGAAGAUUCUGAACCUGAAGAAGAACCAGUAACUCUGGAAGAACCAGUAGCUCUGGAAGAACCCGAAGUUUCACUUGCUGAACUACUCAGUCCCACAAUUCUGCCAGAAACUACUCCUCAACUCAUACUUCCUCCUACUGUUCCAGUAGUGUCACCUAUGUUAUCAAAUACUCCUACGUUAACAGAUGGAUCACAUACACCAGCCGAUGAACAAGCCCAAAUACAACUGACAUUGGCAAGAGAGUUAUCGACGCCAAUCGAUGGUCCACCACCAUCAAAUGGUCAUGAAGAGGCAGAAACACAGGCACAGGUACAAGCACAAACUCAAAUUCAAACUCAAACUUCUCGAAGUCCUCCAUUACCUCAUCGAAGACCAGCUUCUAACUUAUUUAUUCCUACUAGAAGACAUAUCCAACGACCACUAGCCCCUCGAGGUUAUAAGAGAACAGAGCCUGAAUCAGGGGCUCUAUUUAUAGACUCAACUCUCUCGGGUGAAGGAACUAAUGAAGCAGAGAAGGCAGAGAAUGUGGAGAAACAGCCAGAACAGAAUAGUAAUGAAGCUCAAGUGCAACCUCAACAACCACAAGAACCACAAGAACCACAAGAGCCUCAACAGCCUCAACAGCCUCAACAGCCUCAACAACCACAACCACAACCACAACCACAACCACAACCUCAAACUCAACCUCAACUACCUCAUUUAUUUGUAGAUUCAGGUGAUCGAAUCUCCGACAGAUGGACUCGACCUGACCGACCUCACGAAGAUCCUCUCGGUGCAUUUUCUGAUCCUCGACGUGAAGAAUCACAUCUGGGAGAUUUCAAUUCAUUGCCCCGAUCAGAAUCUCGGUCGCCUCGAUUUGGUUAUUUACAAUUCCCUCGAGAUUCAGUGGUUGAUAGUUAUGUACCUCGACAGAAUAAGAAUUCUCGAGUCUCUGGAACUUGGAAAUUGAAUGAUCCAUUACCUCAUAGAAGUACUAUGGCUGAUAGAGAGAGGUCAAGUUAUGGUGACAGAGAAAGAGGCUAUGAAAGAGGAAGAGACUAUGAAAGAGAGAGAUAUAGUGAAAGAGAUAGAUAUAGUGAAAGGGGUAGAGGAUAUACAGAUCAUCGGGAUAGAGAUUAUGAUCAUCGCGAUAGAGAUAUUAUGGAUAGACCCAUUGAUAAACCUAUUGAAAGAGAUGUGAGAUCUCGAUCUAGAACUAGAUCCAUAGAUAAGCCUAUUGAAAAGCCUCUAGAUAAACCUGAAAGACCUAUUGAAAGACUUUCAGAACCUGUACAUUCUCAUAAUGGUACUGUCAAUGAUAAGAGUGAACCUCCAAUCUCACGUCUCCCAUCAUUACCGGGUAGAAUCAUUUAUCCCAAUAAAGACAAACAGUCUAUAAAGGAACUGGCCCCAUUUAUUUCAUCCACAUUCUCAAAUUCUCGAGGAACAACUUCAUUCUUUGGAAUUGGAACUGGAACUAGUAAUGGUAAUGGUACUGGUACUGAUAAUGGUACUGGUAUUGGAACUCAAAGACCUCCACCAACCAGUAAUGCUUCAAGUUAUUCACAUCAGAAUUCUGCCUUUUCCUUUGGUAGAACUGAAGUAGUAAGAAAUCCUCGAGUACCUGAUCCUUCUCAAGAUUUAAAUAAUUUAUUCAAACGAUUUCAAACUCUUGAAGCAAAUCUUCGAAAUGAAUUAUUAACUUUAGAGAAGGAUCAUAAUAAACAAAUUCAAUUAUUUGAUAUAGAAACUCAUCAAGCAUGUCUUCCUAAAACUUAUGGAGCUGAAUAUCCUGAGGAUUUCUUAAAGACUCUUGAACGACAAGAUCGUCAACGUAGAGAUAAGAUUAUAGUUGAAAGAAAGAUUAAACGAGAACAAAUAAUAGUUAAUCAACAAGCAGAGAGAGAAGAAUUGUUGGCUCGACAAGCUGAGAAGAAACGAGUGUUGAAGAAACAGAUUGAACGAGUUCGACAGGAACUUCAGUCGAGUAAUGGAAGUGGUUCUGGAACUACUGCCCCUACCACCACCAAAGCUACUGCUGCUACUGCUACCACCACCAAAGCUACCAAUACUACUGCUACUGCUACUAACUCAGAAGGUUUAUCUACCGAACUGGAUGCUAUGGUGGCAUGGAGGAUUCUUAACUCUCUAAAGGCUUCUAACCCAUCGCCAAGUCCAUCUCACACCUUACCUUCUAGUUCAAUAGUCAGUUCAAAUUCAGGUUCACCCAUUCCAUCAGUUCCUGCGCAAAAGAAACAGAAAACUAGUGAUGAAGAUACACAUUCUGCUUCACCUAUAAGUGGUAGAAUUAGUAAUAUCACUAUCAAUUCUCCGGGAAUUGUAAGAGCAGUAAGUAUUCCUACAUUUCCUCAAUCGCAAAUCAGUAGUUCCAACUAUAUUGAUCUUACAUCGGAUGCCGAGGAUUAAGUUUAAGAUUAAGAUUAAUAUAGU